AUGAACUCGUUUGUCAUUUUUGCACUUGUUUUAGCAGCCGUUUACGCCAUGCCAGUUGAACAAGGAGGACUUACCGGAGGACGUGGUGUUCCACAUCCAAACUCUGCUGCCGGACAAGCUCUUUCCAAUGCCGGAGGAAUGACCGGAGGAUCAUCUGUCCCACAUCCAAACUCUGCUGCCGGACAAGAACUCACCAACAAGAAUCUCGAAGAGAAGAGCGUUUUGGAAGGAGGAACCCAGGUCAAGCCAUGGCUCAAGAACCAACCAGACCUUGCCGCCAUCCGUCAACAGAACCAGAACCAAUAA